AUCCAGCCUCACACCCUGGGCCGAGCGCCGCGGGCCACCACCAUGUCCGCCCCCGGAGCCAAUGGGUCCGACUUCAGCUCCAACCGUCCCAUGAGCUCGGUGACCAUCCCGGCGGUGAUGUUCAUCUUCGGGGUGGUGGGCAACCUGGUGGCCAUCGUGGUGCUGUGCAAGUCGCGCAAGGAGCAAAAGGAGACGACCUUCUACACGCUGGUCUGCGGGCUGGCCGUCACCGACCUGCUGGGCACGCUGCUGGUGAGCCCGGUGACCAUCGCCACGUACAUGAAGGGCCAGUGGCCCGGCGGCGACGCGCUGUGCGAGUACAGCACCUUCAUCCUGCUCUUCUUCAGCCUGUCGGGGCUCAGCAUCAUCUGUGCCAUGAGCAUCGAGCGCUACCUGGCCAUCAACCACGCCUACUUCUACAGCCACUACGUGGACAAGCGCCUGGCCGGCCUCACGCUCUUUGCCGUCUAUGUGUCCAACGUGCUGUUCUGCGCGCUACCCAGCAUGGGCCUGGGCAGCUCGCGGCGCCAGUACCCCGGCACCUGGUGCUUCAUCGACUGGACCACCAACGUGACGGCGCACGCCGCCUUCUCCUACAUGUACGCCGGCUUCAGCUCCUUCCUCAUCCUCGCCACCGUGCUCUGCAACCUGCUCGUGUGCGGCGCGCUGCUCCGCAUGCACCGCCAGUUCAUGCGCCGCACCUCGCUGGGCACAGAGCAGCACCACGCGGCCGCCGCCGCCCUGGCCUCCGCCGGCCGGGCCCACCCCACCACCGCCUCCCCGGCCCUGCCGCGCCUGCGGGACUUUCGGCGGCGGCGGAGCUUCCGACGCAUCGCUGGCGCCGAGAUCCAGAUGGUCAUCCUGCUCAUCGCCACCUCCCUGGUGGUGCUCAUCUGCUCCAUCCCGCUCGUGGUGCGGGUGUUCAUCAACCAGCUAUACCAGCCGGAUUUGGAGAAGGAAAUCAGCAAAAACCCCGAUCUGCAGGCCAUCCGGAUUGCUUCCGUGAACCCCAUCCUGGACCCCUGGAUCUACAUCCUCCUGCGGAAGACCGUGCUGAGCAAGGUGGUGGAGAAGAUCAAGUGCCUGUUCUGCCGCAUCGGCGGGGCGCGCCGGGACCGAGGGGGCCAGCACUGCUCGGACAGCCGCAGGCCCUCGUCCGCCACGUCGGCCCACUCGCGCUCCUUCCUCUCCUGGGAGCUCAAGGAGAUCAGCAGCACAUCUCAGACCCUCCUCUACCUCCCCGAGCUCAGCGAGAACGGCCUCGGGGGCAGGAAUCUGCUCCCGGGGGCGCCUGGCCUGGGCCUGGCCCAGCCGGACACCACGUCGCUGAGGACUCUGCGGAUAUCCGAGACCUCAGAGUCGUCCCAGGGGCACGACUCGGAGAGCGUCCUGCUGGUGGAUGAGGCCGCUGAGAGCAGCAGGGCUGGGCCGGCCGCUAAGGCGAACGCCCUGCAAGUCACGUUUCCCAGUGAAACCCUGAGCCUGUCAGAGAAGUGUAUCUAG